AUGUAUGAUCCAGAGUACGACAGGGAAUACUACGGCGAGGACGAGGAUGACUACACCUACGAGGAGCAGGAUGCAGAACCGACAGUGAUGGGGUCUGCCGAGUUAAUGGCAGAGCAGAAAAAUGAACAGUGCGAAGGGCGCACAAUGGACAUUUCAGAGGUGCUGGCGAUGCAAAGCGCCGUGGUGCACGAAGUAGUGAAUCUGACUUGUCUGUCGACGAGUAUGGCCACUCUACUACUGCGCCGCUAUCGGUGGUCGAGGGAUGUUGCAGUGGAACGCUACUUUGAGAAUUCUAAAAAGGUGCUACAGGACUUCGGAAUCACGGAGGAGGCGUCCUUGCAUGAGGCAACGCUCUGCUUCGGUCGAGCCGGCGCUCCCACCGUAUGUGGGAUCUGCGCCAUGGAGUAUAACCCGCACGAGGUGGCGUGUCUCUCGACGUGCCGGCAUUAUUUCUGUCUUGAGUGCUGGCGCGACCACAUCAAGUCCCGCAUCCUGGAGAACCUCCUCGGCACCUCCUGCCCGGAGCAAGACUGCUGCGAACUUGUAGGGUUGUUCGUCAUGCGCGAGCUCUUCGCCAAGUGCGACAACAAAGCACAGAGUGAGGAAAACGAAAAAAUCCUCGGACAGAUACACCGCAAGUACCUGACAGGUUUCGUCGAGACGUGCCCAACGCUAUAUUGGUGCCCGAACCCGCAUGGCUGCGCUGCCGUGCUUUAUGCCCCCGUACCACCCCUGCAGGGACAAGGGGUGCUGUGUCUCCUGUGCAACAGUAUGUACUGUUUACGGUGCAGCUAUGAGCCACAUCGUCCAGCUACGUGCGAGAACAUGCGGCAGUGGAAAAGCUAUUGCUCUAAAGAAGGGGCGAAUCUCGCUUACAUCCUGAGUCGCACAAAGCAGUGUCCAGAGUGCAAGAAAACCAUUGAGAAGAGCGGCGGGUGCAAUCACAUGACAUGCAAGUGCAGCCACGAGUUUUGCUGGGUCUGCCUGGGGCCCUGGAGGCAGCAUAGCGGAGACUACUACUCUUGCCGCAACGUGGAACACCACGGGGCGGCGGCUUCCGAAGAGGCCAUGGACUCUUCUAAGAGGUUCACGUACCACUACGAACGGUAUACACUCCACCUCGACAGCGCCGAGCGAGAUGAGAAACUCAUUCACACGCUGCUCCACAACCCAGCAAUGCGAGAGCAACUGAUCAAGGUGCAGAGAGUGGUCGAUGACAAACGAGGCCCGGGAGUGGUAAGCGGCGCUUUGACGCAGGAAGAAGUGGCGUUGGUGGACUCCACGUGCGCCAAAUCGGAGGUAGUUUUGCGCGUCACCAAAACACUCUUCACAGCGCGUGAGGUUCUUGCCCAUUCGUAUGUGGCAAUGUUUUAUCUUAGCGACAACGGCAACGAAGGGCAGCUCAUGGCCCAUCGCGUGGGGAAGCUGGAAGAGGCUACGGAGGCCAUGUCCGGCUCGCUAGUAAAAUUAAUCACUUCUACGAAGUCGCAGAUGAGUACCUUUUUCGACGCCGCUGAUGUCUUGGCCGCAUGGACGAAGGCGCUGUGCGACGUCUAG